UUACCUAGUGCUAGUAGUAAAGAGUAGAAGAACGUUUUUUUUCAUAUUGUUUUGCUAUCCUAAUAGACGCGAGGACUAUUUUAAAAUCCGGACCGUCGAAUCGGACCACCAUCGUUCCACCGGCGCCGUCGACCUCAAAGGCUCGAACCACCUUCCUUCUACUCAACUGCACUCGCACUCGUCGGCGCAAGCUCCCACCGUCGCACGCCUCAGCCGCUUCCAGUUAACAAGACCGAGUCAUGCAGCUCAGUCAGUGACUCACUCGCUGCAGUGACACAGUGCCUUGACCGGAUCGGUUUUUAAGUCCACUGUUUUCCUUUUUCGUCUCAUAGGAAAGGGAAAUAGCAUUUGGUCAUAAGAAAGGAAGGAAGGAAAAUGGUGUUUGGGCAAAUAGUGGUUGGUCCUCCUGGCUCUGGCAAAACAACUUACUGCAAUGGCAUGUCUCAGUUUCUUAGUCUUAUUGGAAGGAAGGUUGCUGUUAUCAAUUUGGAUCCUGCUAAUGAUUCGUUACCAUAUGAUUGUGCUGUGAACAUUGAGGAUCUUGUGAAACUAAGUGAUGUAAUGGUGGAACAUUCGCUUGGACCAAAUGGGGGUCUUGUGUAUUGUAUGGAUUAUCUUGAGAAAAAUAUUGACUGGUUGGAAGCAAAAUUGGAACCUCUUCUGAAAGAUCACUACCUACUCUUUGAUUUUCCUGGCCAAGUGGAACUUUUUUUUCUCCAUUCAAGUGCCAAGAAUGUCAUCCUGAAGCUCAUAAAGAAAUUGAACCUAAGGUUAACUGCAGUGCAUUUGAUUGAUGCCCAUCUUUGCAGUGACCCUGGGAAGUAUAUUAGUGCAUUGCUUUUAUCCUUGUCCACAAUGCUACAUCUAGAACUCCCUCACAUAAAUGUCUUGUCAAAAAUUGAUUUAAUUGAGAGCUAUGGAAAGCUAGCCUUUAACCUUGAUUUCUAUACAGACGUGCAAGACUUGUCAUAUUUACAAUACCAUCUUGAUCAGGAUCCUCGCUCUGCUAAGUACAGAAAGCUCACAAAGGAAUUAUGUGAUGUUAUUGAAAACUUCAGUCUUGUAAGCUUUUCAACCUUAGAUAUUCAGGACAAAGAGAGUGUAGGGAAUUUAGUGAAGCUGAUAGACAAAAGCAAUGGGUACAUAUUUGUUGGGAUGGAAACAAGUGCAGUUGAAUUUAGCAAGAUUGCGGUUGGUCCUGUUGAUUGGGAUUAUUAUAGAGUUGCAGCAGUGCAAGAGAAGUACAUGAAGGAUGAUGAUAAUGAAUGAUGGAGAAAGCUAAAUAAUUGAAAGAGAAUGACACCUUGUUAUUGCACAGGUAAUUUAUUGUGACAGUUUGGAUUUCUCGCCCUAGUAGUAAUGAAAGAUCAUGAAAACAUAGUGGAGGCAGGGGAGUUACUACUUUCAAGAUAUUAGCUAAUUCAGGGCUUGUCCAACGGCCAAAGAACUAUUUUAAGAUUUGGCUAACUUUGUAUAAUAUUAUAAUUCUGUAGCUUAGAGUUCUGAAUGAGAUUUUUGUUUGUUUUUUGAAGUCAAUUCAUGAUCGCAUCAAGUGUAUCUUUUCUUGGAGAUGGGUUUUGCUUGGGAACUAAGUAAUAUCUAUUCAUAUCACAAUAUACUAAAUUGAAGUACA